UAUACGUUGGUAACAGUGACCCUGGUCACAGUGAUGUUCCUCCAGUCACAAGAAGGGAUAGCCAAGACCAACACAGCUGACUCCAAAACCGUCCCCGACAAGCCUAACAUCGUCCUCCUGGUGGCUGAUGACAUGGGGUGGGGGGAUCUGUGCAGUUACGGCCAUCCUACCCAGGAGUGUGGUGAGAUAGACAAGAUGGCGGUGGAGGGGAUGCGCUUCCUGCAGUGGUACAGCGCAGACUCGCUGUGUUCCCCGAGCAGGGCAGCACUGUUAACAGGCCGCCUGCCAGUCCGUGUGGGUAUAUGGGGAGGGGAGAGACUUUUCUUAACGACAAGUACGGGAGGUCUGCCGAAGAACGAGACAACCAUCGCCGAGGCACUGAAGGAGGCUGGGUACGCUACAGGCAUGGUCGGCAAGUGGCAUCUAGGUAUUAAUGAGUUUUCACCUGACGAUGGAAGCCACCUGCCUCACCAUCAUGGGUUUGACUUCGUUGGAACCAACAUUCCAUUUACCAACCACUGGGCAUGCGACGAAUCCAAGAUCCACAUGGAUAGCCCUGAACCGAUGUUGUGUUUUAAGUACUGGAACUCCACACUAGUCCAGCAGCCUUUCAGACACGAUAACCUGACCGCCUCCUUCCUACAAGACUCCGUAGCCUUCAUACACAACAACAAGGACAGACCCUUCUUCUUCUACUUCUCCUUCGCUCACAUGCACACCGACAUGUUCUCUGCACCCAGGUUCAGGCAGACGUCAAGGAGAGGAAGAUAUGGAGAUGGGCUGCGUGAGAUGGACUGGGCUGUAGGAGAGGUGCUGACAACACUCGUCAGUCUACAGAUCCAGCACAGAACACUGGUGAUCUUCCUGUCGGAUCACGGAGGGCAUCUUGAGAUCUGCACUGAGGGAGGAUCAAACGGGAUUCUCAAAGGUGGCAAGGCAUCCACAUGGGACGGAGGUUUGCGUGUCCCCGGAAUAGCCUGGUGGCCAGGUGUUGUUGCACCUGGGCAGGUGUCCCACGACCUGGUCAGCUCCAUGGACGUGUUCCAGACAGCUGUUGAGUUGGCAGGUGUGACUCCGCCAGACGAUCGCAUCUAUGACGGGAAAAGCCUGGUGCCGAUUUUGCUGAAGACGUCGGCUGCUCCAACAAGUAAAUCUACUCCCUCCCCGCGGACCCUGUUUCAUUACUGCUCUGAUAGACUGAUGGCGGUGAGACAUGGGGAGUACAAAGCACACUUCUACUCCAUGGAGCUACCAGGAGUGGACUACACACAAGCUUGCCCAAGCGGCGUCCCAACUGAGGACUACUACGCAUCGUUUGACUGUUACGAUACUGAAACAGUUACACACCACAACCCGCCGCUACUCUUCAACAUAGACACUGACCCAGGAGAACGUUACCCUCUGGCUAUAAACGAGCACGCGGGGACGCUCUUCGAGAUUCUUCUAGAAAAGUUAAAACACGAAAUCAACAUGGUACCGGGAAAGUCGCAGUGUGAAGAGCAGUCUGAGACGGUACAACCUUGCUGCAAUCCGCCAUCUUGUACUUGUAACUAUGAAGCACCCUGACAACAGA